CCACUACCUCCAUUUUCACAGAAACAGUGUAUGAAAAUUUCUUCAAUCUUUUAGAAAAUGGCACUUUUCAACGUAUCAUUAUGCACCAAAACCCCUCAAAAACCUCCUCUCUCAUUUCCCUCCACAAAUCCCCAAUUCUCAAACCCUAAUUUUCAUUCUCUCAAAUCCCAAGCUGAAGAUCUGGCUAAAACGAGCUUAAUUGCUGUUAUUUCUGCUUCUGUAUUCUUGAUUGAUCCCGCAUUUGCAUUUAGGGGAGGUGGUCCGUACGGUGCUGGAGUAACAAGGGGUCAAGAUCUUACUGGAAAAGAUUUCAGUGGCCAGAUUUUAAUCAAACAAGAUUUUAAGACUUCUAUACUUCGUCAAGCCAAUUUCAAAGGAGCAAAAUUGUUGGGAGCUAGUUUCUUUGAUGCUGAUUUAACAGGAGCUGAUCUUUCAGAUGCUGACCUUCGAGGUGCAGAUUUCUCAUUAGCAAAUGUAACAAAGGUCAAUUUGAGCAAUGCUAACUUGGAAGGUGCACUAGCUACUGGAAAUACAUCUUUCAGAGGUUCAAUUAUAACUGGGGCAGAUUUCACAGAUGUGCCCUUGCGGGAUGACCAAAAGGAAUACCUUUGUAAAGUUGCAGAUGGGGUGAAUCCAACGACCGGAAACGCUACCCGCGAGACACUGUUUUGCAACUAGUUCUCUUUUUGUGUUCUUGUAUUGAAGCAUAGAGAAGAAAAGGCAUCAUCUGAGGUUCAAGCUGCAAUUUUCACAAGAGCCGAGCUAAAACCAAAACUGUGAACCAAAAUCGACCCUCAAAGCGCCCAAGGAGCGGUUCAGCUGGAUUUCAAUUUUUUGGAACUAUGAAUUGCCAGUUCCAAACCGGAAUUCCUGAGGUCUACAACAAGAAAUUAUGUAAAACAAUAUAUCCUGUUCUUAUUUUAGUGUUUUUUUUUUGUAUAACAUUGUAAAUUUGACUAUUUACAUUCCAAAUUUUAAAAAGCUAACUACCUCUGAAUGGUAAUAGUUUCCCA